GCUGGGGGGCAGUAAGUCAGAGCUCCUUAGAUUUCACACUUCAGCACCUGCUGGCUGGAGGGAAGUAGCUUCUGUUCUCUCUGGACACUGCUUUUUCAGACGCUGUCCUACAACUUCACCAGUUUUCCUCCACCCUUUGGCUUUACAUACUGCUGCACUUGUAUUUCAGUAGCAAAUUGCCAAGAUGUCUAGGGUAGCAAAGUACCGAAGGCAAGUCAGUGAAGAUCCAGAUAUCGAUAACUUAUUGUCCACUCUGUCUCCAGAGGAGAUGGAAGAACUGGAAAAAGAACUGGAUACAGCUGAUCCGGAUGGGAGCAUCCCUAUUGGACUCAGGCAGAGAAACCAAACUGACAAACAGCCAACUGGCCUGUACAACAGAGAGGCAAUGCUCAACUACUGUGAAAAGGAGACAAAGAAACUUAUUCAGAGGGAACUGUCAGUGGACGAAGGGAAACAAACAGAGAAGAAGAAAGAGCUCAAAAACCUUGAAGAAAAAGGGAAGGGAGCUCAUUCCAAAGACCUGGGCAAGAAACAAGUUCCUGCACUGGGAAAAGAGAGCAAAAAGGAAGAAACUCUUCAGAAAACCAGUAAAAAAGAGAAAGAUGAAGUAGACAGUAAACACAAAGAGGGAAAAUUUCCCAAUGAUAAAGUCAAGGCCAUGGAAAAAAAACUGAUAGGAAAGGAUAGAAAAGAAGAUGAGAAGAUUACAGCUCUAAAGAAAGAAUUUGGAAAGGAUAAAAGGGAAGCAGAGAAAAGUUUGGCAUUAAAGAAAGAGAGAGAAAAAGAUAAAAAAGAAGAAAAGGACAAAAAAGAAGAGAAGAAAGAAAAGGAUAAAAAAGAAGAAAAGGACAAAAAAGAAGAGAAGAAAGAAAAGGAUAAAAAAGAAGAAAAGGACAAAAAAGAAGAGAAGAAAGAAAAGGAUAAAAAAGAAGAGAAGAAAGAAAAGGAUAAAAAAGAAGAAAAGGAUAAAAAAGAAGAGAAGAAAGAAAAGGAUAAAAAAGAAGAAACAAAGAGCUCUGCUUUAAAGAAAUAUUCCACAGCUGAUGGCAAAGAGAAAUCACUUACUGACUCCAAAAAGGCAUCAGAGGAAAAAAUUCCUCCAGCAACAGAGAAAGAGACAAAACAGGUCCCUGAGAACAGCCUUGCCAAACCUGCUGACACCCCUCCAGGUCCGACCGAGGAGGAGGAAGAUGCAGCUUCGAGUAUGUUUGAUGAAAUCUUAGAAAGAGUGAAAAAUAAUGACCCAGAGACCACAGAAGUCAAUGUUAAUAACUCUGACUGCAUAACCAAUGAAAUCCUGGUGCGCUUUGCAGAAGCCCUGGAAUUUAACACUGUGGUCAAAGUGUUUGCACUGGCUAAUACUCGUGCUGACGACCAUGUUGCUUUUGCCAUUUCCAUUUUGUUGAAGUCAAACAAGAUGCUGACCAGCAUCAAUCUGGACUCUAAUCACAUCACAGGCAAAGGCAUCUUGGCCAUCUUCCGUGCACUGCUGCAGAACAACGUCCUGACAGAGCUGCGCUUCCAUAAUCAGAGGCACAUCUGUGGAGGCAAGACAGAGAUGGAGAUAGCCAAGUUACUAAAAGAGAACACUACCCUUCUGAAGUUGGGCUACCAUUUUGAGCUGGCAGGUCCCCGUAUGACAGUCACAAAUCUGCUGAGCAGGAACAUGGACAAGCAGAGGCAGAAACGACUGCAGGAGCAGAAACAAGCUCAAGAGCGGGGGGAGAAGAAGGACCUGCUGGAAGUGCCCAAAGUAGGAGGCCUGCCAAAAGGCUCCCCCAAGCCUUCACCGCAACCAUCCCCCAAAUCAUCCCCCUGGUCUUCCCCUAAAAGUUCUCCUAAAAAGGCUGGGGCUCCAGCUGCACCUCCCCCACCCCCACCUCCAUUGGCUCCACCGCUGAUCCUAAGGAAUUCGCUCUCUCCGGCCACGCAGAGGAAGAUGGCAGAAAAAGCACCUCCUGCUCAGGAGAAUUCACGGGAUCAGCUUUUGGCUGCCAUUCGAUCCAGCAAUGUCAAACAGCUAAAGAAGGUGGAGGUGCCAAAAUUGCUGCAAUAGGAAGUGGAAACCAGAUCUCCCACACACUGAGACCUGUGUGGCAGAGUACAAGACAUUUGCCAUUCUCAUGAUGACUGUUUACAUGACAAGCCCUUUGGGACUCUGCAGUGACCACCUGACUGCACCAAAGCUAAAGGAGCAGUGUUCUCUAUGGGACUGAAUGAAGAGGGGGACCGGGUGCCAAGAAGGGCAUGGGGGGUCAUUGGAUGACAUGCGUGAGGAAGAUGUAGUAUUUAUUUUUUAUUUUUCAAAUCCUACAGCUUUUUCUUUUAGCCUGUGCCAAAGUGUAUUGCCCUGCCCUGCCCUGCCCUGCCCUGCCCUGCCAGCUGGAGAUGCUGAGGAGAAGGUUGCUGGAAAGCAGGGUUUUGGGUUGCUUCCAUUUCUGCUCAGAAAUUUUGGAAUGUGGAUGCGGUGAUGCGGGAUGAGCCCUACUGAGAAUGUCCUUGAAUAUCUGUGUCCUGGUUUGGGUUGCAGCAGAGAGACAGUGUGGGUCUACAAAUACAUGGGAGCACUCCUACCAUGAAAAAUCAGCAGGAGGAAAACAGCCAUGGCUCUCGCUGCUCUCUUGUCUUGGGAGCCUACUGGGGGUAUCUGACAGAAAGCUGUGUCUGGAGUAGAGCAGACCAGAAGGCAGGAGCAAGUUUUGGGCAGAAGCCAAUUGCCACCACCUCUGUGGAUCCAGGAUCUCUAUUCCACCAAAAAGAAAAAGGGGACCUAGGAUGGAAGGGGAGAGGAGACAUGUCACGUUGGCUGAAUAUGUUUGUUCUGGAGAGAGAUACAUGAUGCUGAGAUUUUGCAUAAUACAAUAAUUGAAGUUUGCAGAGAGCCAACUCUGAUAUAACCUACACACAGAAUCUUUAGGGCUCAGUAAGUCUUCCCUGAUUCCCAGGCUCCUGCUAUGGCACCAGCCUGGAGGAGUCAAGGGGAGCCAGGCUAUUGGGACACACUUUACGCUGUAACUCUUCUGCUCCACACGCUCUGCUGCUUUUCUUUGCAAUGGACAGAGCAUGGGACUUUCUUUAGGGACUGGAGAGGGAAAGGCAGGGUUUGAAUUGAGAAAACACAGUACCUCAAAUCAAGGCUCUGCUACGAAUAUAUCAGGUACAGGCAGAGAAGAGGAGGUCUCCUCUGUAGCUCUGGGAAAAAGAACUUGCUUAGUCCACAGGCUGUUGUGCAAGAAGGACUCACCCUUACCUGUAGACUUGCAUACACAGUGCUCUGUUGCCCUCUCUCUCUAGCUCAGUUUGGUCAAUGGUCAUCAGGCAUGUAUGGUCCCCACCCAGCCAUUACUCCCUAACCAAAGUGGAGUGGAUGGCAGGCUCAGACACAAUAUUAGCAUAUACGUCUGAGUGACAAAUACUUUCUGACUGCACAGAUUCUGCUUUUCUCAGGGGCAAAGGGUGAUCUGAUUGUUCUUGCUGUAAUUGUCACACAUUGAAAUUCACUAAGGAGGCUCCAGACCACCAGGGGAGUGACAGGGGAUUACAGGGAUUACUGCAGCCAUGCUGCGAGUUUCCAAAUUCCAGCAUGAAAGAAAUUGUUCGGGACUAAUAAGAUGAGUUGUUCACUGUGGUUUUCAAUAUCUAGCAAACUGAGGUCUGUGAGGGCAAGAAGAGGAGCCAGUCGUUGAAACAGAGGAGAGUUCCAGGAUGUGAUGCAGACUGGAGAGUCUGGGCUGAAGGAGAAGAAGGACUCUGGGGAAUCACAAAGUGGGGCCUGGUUUUGUAGAAGGGAGUGUGCAUCAUAACAGCCCACUGGAGGUUGUUCUCUGGGCCCACUACUUGUGCUUAGUUAUGUCCAGUCCUGCAAGGUGCAUGCUAUUUUGAUAGGAAUAACUGCAGUUACAAUCUUCAGCUUUCUGGGAAAUAAAUGGGUCCCCGCAAAAGGGGACCUAUUAGACACCCACCAAGUUAUGGGGAGGGAUGGGCCAAUUCCCUCCUGGCCCUGUCUGGCAGAAGUGCUCUAGAGGAGCUCAGUCGCAGGCCCUGAGAGGAUUUUCUGUCCUGAAAGAGAGAGAGAGAUGAGCAGCAGUGCAUUGCUUGGACAGAUGGUUGAGAUACUUUGUUGAAAGAAUUUUCCAUUAGGAAACACUAUUUUGAUGCCUCCAAAAUGAUUCCUGAAUUGCUUUCACUUUCAAUGACAUUUGUAAAGAAACUUAGAAAUGUCCCAGGUUAAUAAGUUUGGAACACAACGUUAUGAUCUUUCAUUUUUAAAAGACAUUUUGCUUCAAAAUUUGCUUUAUUUUGUUUUUAAGCACUUUAAAAGGCAAAGUAUCUCAAUUUUAAAAUAUUUUGACAUUAUAACGGUUUAAAUGGGUUGAAAUGAAAUGGUCAUGGAAGCCAAAAGAAUCUCAUCUUAAAAUUUUGUUUUGUAGAAUUUUUUUUUUGCAAUUUUUGCUUUUGGGCCCAAUUUGGAAUGAAAAAAAAGUUUGACAUUUCAAUUUUUUGCAGGAUGGAAAAUCUGCUUUUGGAGCCCUUCUGUUUAUACUUUGCUGGGCUUCUGAUCCUGCCUACCCUGGGUGGAAUGAACCGAUAGGCUGUGGUAUCCCAGCAUGGAGGGAUAUAACUCGCCUCUUUGAAACUUGAAUCGCCUGCUGGGUGCCUGUGCACACUUGUGCACACAACAAGCCUGUGCAUGUGUACAGAAAUCCCUUCCACAGCCAGCUCUGUCAACAUGUUUAUCAAUAUGCAGGUGUGGUUAAAUGGGAUUAUUUUGUCUGCUUUGCUGCAAUUACACCAGGCAGUGAUUGUAGCUUGCGGCUGCUGUGUAUAGAGGGCAUGAAUGCAAUAGCAGGGACUGGGUAUGAGGUUUAGACUUAGGCUUAGACAUGGGGCCUAAACCACGCCAGGAGACAGUAAUGUUGAAUGAUGGAAGUGGAAGCCCAGUCACAGAAAACUGGGACAGGUUGUUCUGGAGUUGAUGCGGAAGGGCACCUUCCUUGCUUCCCUCUGCUUGUGUGUAAAUAAACAAACUUCCGUAUAUUUGUUAGCCAUAAGGUUUUGAUAACACAGAUACAUAAUGCAUAGAGAGAUCUGCAUCUGCCCCCAGCUGCCAAAGCACACCUGUCAGCUGGCCAGUGAGCAACAGACACCCACCACGCUCACUGAUUGCCCCGCUCUCCCUCUGCAAGUGUGACAGACCCCACCAUGUUUCCAUUCUGUGGUUGGACAUGGGAUUCCCACCUACGCAUAUCCUCCUUGGCCUCCUAUGGCAGAGCUCAAGGACAGCCCCCACCUUGAUCAAUACCAGAGCUAGAGACAAGAGCUGAAAAUCCAGGCUCUGUGGCUGAAAUCUGUGCUAUGGAUGGAGCACAAAUGAGGAAGUCAUUUGUGGAAGUCAUAUUUGGCUGGGGUGAUAUGAUCCCGGCACCCAUUCCUGCCCAGGGCAGGGGGUCGAGCCUGAUGAUCUGUUUAGGUCCCUUCUGACCCUAAGUACUAUGAUACUAUGAAGUCCAAUGAACCCUAACAGUGGCUCACACAUGAGCUUACCAAGAUGGGAUGAGAGCAUGAUGCCACUAACUUUUUGAGACCCAGAAUCUGCCACUCCUGGAGACUCCAAUAGGAACUCAGGUCUGAACCCACAUUUCACAAGACGCUACAGAAUAAUAACCAGACUGUCACUGAGUUGUUCCUUUCCCCCCGAAUACCCAUCAGUUACCUAGUCAAGCGAUCUGGUGUAGGGCUGUCAGAAGAUGUAGGAGACAGCGCUCCAUGAUCUGCUAUUGCCAGCAGAUUAUGUUACCCAACUGUCCCCAUUCUCUGAUCUGUACUGACACAUGCUUCUGUACAAAGGCUGCGUGCAUUAAUGCUUGAAUAUAAGCCUCAGGACCCAGGUAAACCUCACUUUUGAUCCCCCACCUGUCAACAGCAGCUUACUCUGAAGCCCAAGGACUUAACCUCUUUGCCUCAGUUUUCUUCAUUACAAAAUGGAGAUAAUAGCUCUCCCAUGGGGAAAGUGGGAGGUUAUAAUUCUUAACUAAUUAGUAAAGUACUUUAUAAGUGAUGGGGAUGAUGGUGAGGAUGAUGAUGAACAGGAGUUGUCAUGCUCCACUGGAAAUCCAUCCAGCUAGCUAACAUAGCAGUGUCUUUUUUAAGACUCCAUUAGGUGGGUUUUUUUAGAAUAAACCAAAAAAAAAUGCAUUAAACUACAAGCUGACACUCCUGCCAUUUUCAGCUCUGUCAUUUGUGAAUGUAAAACAUGUUUGCAAUCUGUACGAAAUCACCCACUGUGUCAUUAAUAAAGGUCACUUACACGCUACA